GAAAAGUUUGUUCACAAAUAUUAUUUAAUAAAUCAAUUUUUUCUCUUUAAUUUUUUUCAGUUAGCUAUCAUAGGAAUUAUUUCAUUAUGUCGUUUGCAAAAACCACCACGCAUCUAUGUAGAAAAAUCUCUCGAAGAAAUUUUAUGUAACAAUAGUAAACCACUUCCUCAUAUGACUACUGAUCACUGCCAUCCGGGUGAUCGGGAGGAUAACUUAUGGUUGACAUUUAAUGAUUAUAAACCACCGGAAACACAAAUCGAAUGGGAAGAAACAUGCUUUUUAGAUAAAUCAUUUCAUGGAUAUUAUACUUGGCCAAAAAUAAUUAAAUACCCAAUGAAUAAACGAGCACGUUAUACAAAAGAUCAUGAAAUGCCCAAAGAUGUAACCAUUUUAUAUGAUCGUUUUAUGAAUAAACAAUUUGUAAGACAAAUCACACAAUUGAUGAUUUUGAACGAGAACGAGAAUGAAGAACAAAAGAAAUUUGAUAAAGACCAAUUUGUUAUGUUUAAAGGUCUAUUUCGUAAUUUUGGGUUGGCAUUUUUUGAUAAUUUCAUAGAACAAUUGAACGAACUCAUUCAUGAAAAGAUCACAGAAAAACAAGAAGGCAGUCAUCGAGUAGCUGCACAAAUUGUAGCAGGAAUGAUUUGCGGCUCAACAAAUUGGACAUUAAAAAUGUUGAAUGAACUAUGGGAAAAACUCACGCCGUUACUUACUGAAGUUUGUAAUAAUCUAAAUUCCGAAAUAUUAUCGCAUUGGAAUGCAUGUUUCUUUUAUAUCAUUAUAAAUAAAGAUCCACGUCGAAUGUUCCGCGUAAUUCAUUUUCUGUGCACACUAAUCAAUGCAAAAUCAACAUCGAAUACAUUUAAUGAAUCAGCACGUUGGUGCUUAAUUCGAAAUUUAGACGAAUUUCAGUGGCGCAUACCAUCUGUUUGGUGUGAAGUGUAUAAACACAUUGCAGAAUUACUCGAUCAUUCAUCUCUAAGCGUUCGUACUCGUAUUGCUUAG